AUGAUAUAUCUAGAUAUAGCUCCGCAAUCCAAUAAUCCAUCCGAAAGCAGUAAAUUUACAUAUUCUAGCAAUUUGGACACAUCAUCCAACCCUGGAAGAUCAUCAAUAGCACAGGAAACUUCUUCAUCUAACGUAGCGUGCUAUAAUAAUCCAAACAGCAUUGGAUACUCAAGCAUUUUGACCAGUAAUUUUGGCCAGUCCUCUCUUGCUUCAAAUCCAAGAACAUUUGAGGAAUUUCGAAGAUCUAGCGUAUCAGUCGGUUAUGUUUCCGUAUCGGAUCUGUGUGGGGCAGAUGAAAUAGAAUUUCUUUUGGACGAUAUAAGAGAUCUGGUAGAACCAGCUAAGUGCAAACCUGAGGACUUCCAAGAUUUUGAGAUAGCCGGUAGCAGAACAGACGCGGUGAGCGUCGAGUUGUCCUUAUUGGAGUCCCCAUUGGGGGCCCCCAUUUCCGUUCACUCAUGGGAUUCCCAUGCACACUACAGGCAGUGUGCGCCACCCCGUAUUUUGUCGCCAUUGCACGGUGUUCCUAUUUAUUGCGAUAAGAGGAAAUUCAAAAGUCCAGCGGUUAUAUUCAAAAUAUUAUUAUUUAUAACGUCCCUAUCAUGUCUGGUGACUUUAUGUUCAUCAGGAACCGUUCAGGUCGGUUUGUUCCUACUGCCAUUGCUGGGAAGAAUACGUCUCAUGAUGUUUAUAACAUUAUUUUCGAUGUUGGUUACAGGAUUCAUACUUUUUCUUGACAUCACGCAUAUCAUAAUACUCUUCCCAUUUAAUUGGAAUAAAAUUAAUACCUGGCUUUAUCUGUCUAUAGGAAUUUUGUUUAUUAUCGGAUCGUCAUUUCUAGUUCAUACAGUAUUUUUUGCGACAGACUUUGCAUGGGUGCCUAAGCAUUCUAAGCAUCAUAUAUUUGCAACAGCGAUGGUAGGUUACUUGUGUUCAUUAGAGGCAUUUUAG